GAUCAACGCUUCCGCAAUCCUGUUACUACAACACCAACUAAAACAAACGGUAAAAUCUUUGUCCGCUAAUUUUCUGUCAGUUUCAGGUGUCUGUUACUGUGAGAUGUCUUUAGUGCGAGUGAACCGUCCUUUAUAUGGUGUGGGUAAAAGACCAGUGCGAACCAAGAAGUCUGCACCAAAGAAAGAAUGGGUGGACACAGUCAAUGAUCUUUCAUUGCAUAAAGCCACACCAGAGGAACUGGCCCGGCGUCAUGAGAUGCACAGAUCUCAGAAUAAAGUCGUGGCACAGUGGGAAUUAAGAGAAAAAGCUCUCGCACGCAGACGGAGGAAAAACCAUCCCUCCAGCCCUGCAGGACUUGAUAGAGCCCGACUCAACAUCAUCAGAGAGAACUCAGCGAUCCGGGCCCAGUUGGGGCCGCACCGUCCGUCUCCUACUGGAGCUUCAGUAUCAAGGGAGCACAGUGCAGAACGGCUGUCCUCAACAAAUUCUGUAGUUAGGCAAGUGUUGCCCUCUACUGACUCUGAGCUACAGCACACACAGCAGUCUGUUUGUGUAGAGAGAUCCUCAAGAAUGGAGAUAGAACAAAAACUGCAGGAGUUGAACCGUCAAAGUGCCGAAGCAAGAGCUAGACUACUAGAGCUCAUUGAACAACAGAAGCAGAGCAUUUCCCCUGCCAUUUCCCCAGUACCUCCUCACUCCAGCAGCACUCAUACAUUUGUUAGGGGGAUUACUCCAGAGCAAUUUGUAACACUUCCUGAGAGAAGCCAUUCACCACAAUCCAGUGCAAGCAGUCGAAGGUCGGCGGGAAGAGCCUCACCACAAAGUUUAGAUAGUGUGGAAAUCCAGAGCAUUGAGAACCAAGUGGAAAAGCUUAAAAGAGAGGGGUGGUUUGCAUUGUCAUCUCAUAUCAAGUGACUUCACAAGGAAUAUCGUCUGCAUAAUAGCAUUCCAAAUAUAAUUGACAUCCCUAGUUUGGUUUUAAUCACAUCCUGGCUGCACACGUGUAAUGCUCAUGUUAAAGAUUCUGUGAUGCCUUGUGGGCCUGCCUACGCAUAGGAACUUGCACAAGGUAACAGGUGUUUGUGUCAUCAGACAACAAACACUAGAUGACAUCAGUCUUCUCUGCAGACGGUUUAACCUAGUGUGUAAUCCUCAUAUGACGUAUUUCAUAUGAAGUAACUUUAUUUUAUGCAUUGUUUUUAUUUUUAUUUUUAAAAGAAGUGCACAAUGCCACAAUAAAUUUUAGAUAA